GUAGUAUUGGCUAUGAAAAAUAACCACUUUCAAGGAAACUUGUCUGCAACAUUCAAAAAUGGAUGUCGUUUGAUGACACUAGACUUGAAUCACAACCAAAUACAUGGGAAGAUUCCACGAUCACUAGUCAAAUGUAAAAUGCUAGAAGUUUUGAAUGUUGGAAAUAACAAAUUGAAUGAUACAUUCCCUUUCUGGUUGGAGUCUUUACCAGAGUUACGGAUUCUUGUCUUGCGAGCAAAUAGAUUCCAUGGUCCUAUAUGGGAUCUGCAUGUAAAUUUUGGCUUAUCCAAGCUACAUGUCAUUGACCUCUCUCACAAUAAUUUCUCUGGCCAGUUACCAUCAGAGUUCUUUCAAAAUUGGAGUGCAAUCUCAAGGGUCACUGGCUACGACAAAUCACAAUUGGGGUACAUGAGAGACGCUUCCAGUUACUAUACAGACUCACUGACUAUAGUGAAUAAGGGAAUAGAAUUGGAAUUGGUAAAAAUCUUCACCAUAUUCACAGCUAUUGAUCUCUCUAACAAUAGGUUUUAUGGAGAAAUUCCAGAGAGCAUGGGGAACCUCAAGGCACUAAUUGUACUCAAUUUAUCAAGCAAUAACUUUAUGAGCCUUAUCCCAUCAUCGUUGGGAAACCUAGUUGAGCUUGAAUCUUUGGAUCUUUCUCGAAAUAGCAUCUUUGGUGAAAUCCCUCAACAGCUAACAAGUCUCACAUUUCUUGAGUAUUUGAACCUCUCUCAAAAUCAACUUUUUGGUCCAAUUCCACAAGGUGGGCAAUUUUUGACGUUUCAAAGUUCCUCUUUUGAGGGAAACAUUGGAUUGUGUGGCUUUCAGUUGUCAAAGAAAUGUGGAAAUAAUGAAAUACCAACUUCUGAAAUGAGAAAUGAGUCGUCAUUGGGAAAAGGAUUUGGCUGGAAAGUGGUAGUGAUAGGAUAUGCUUGUGGAUUGGUAAUUGGAUUGGUUACUGGACAUUUUGUCACCUCAAGAAGGACACAUUGGCUUGUGAGAAAUUUUGGAGUGAACUUACAUAUGUGAAGAUUAGGACUAGCAGAGGCACUUGCUAUAGAUUUACAGCUAUUGUAAUGAUUUUAUUUAAGUGUGUAAUAAGUUAAGCCUUGUUGAGUG